GAUACUAGGCAAAAAAAAUUAGAAAAAAGCAAAAAAAGAAAAAAAAUAGAAGAAGAACAAGAUGGGAAUGGAGUUGAAUUUGUUGAUUCUAUCUGUCGUAUUAUUAUUUGUAUCAACAACGAAAGCCCAGUCUAGUGAUGGCAUUUUUGAUGUAACCAAGUUUGGUGCUAUGCCUAAUGCUGAUAUAUCUAAGGCUCUGAUGAGUGCAUGGAAGGAAGCUUGUGCAUCACCGAUUCAAAGUAAAGUAAUUAUUCCAAAGGUGGCUUACAAGUUAGGUACAAUUGAUUUGACAGGCCCUUGCAAAAGCCCUAUCGAAGUUCAACUCCAAGGAACAAUACAGGCACCAAUAGAUCUUACCGGAGAAGGUUGGGUUCAGUUUAAAUAUAUCGACCACUUUACAUUAUCAGGUGGUGGAACUUUUGAUGGCCAAGGAAAGGCAGCUUGGGAAAAAAAUGAUUGUGACAAAAAUCCCAAAUGCGAUAGACUCCCCAUGAGUUUGAGGUUUAGCUUCAUCACAAAUUCGAUCGUGAGUGACAUAACCUCUAAAGAUAGCAAAAACUUUCAUGUACAAAUUUUGGGUUGUAACAACCUUACCUUCCAACACGUGAAUGUCAAUGCGCCGGGAGAUAGUAUCAAUACAGAUGGAAUUCAUAUUGGUCGUUCUACUGGGAUUAAUAUCCUAAGUACAAACAUCGGUACAGGAGAUGAUUGUAUCUCACUUGGAGAUGGUAGUAAGCAGGUAACAAUUACUAAUGUGACAUGUGGUCCUGGACAUGGUAUAAGCGUAGGAAGUCUAGGAAGGUACACUGCUGAAGAACCAGUGGAAGGAAUCAGAGCUACGAAUUGUACAAUAAUGAAUACAUCCAACGGUGUUAGAAUAAAAACUUGGCCAGCUUCUCCUACUGCUGGAACAGCUUCUGAUAUGCAUUUUGAAGACAUGAUAAUGGUUAAUGUUAGCAAUCCCAUUCUUAUAGACCAAGAAUAUUGUCCAUACAACCAAUGUAACAAAAAGAGUCCAUCAAAAGUGAAGAUUAGUAAGGUUAGCUUCAAGAAUGUUAGAGGUUCUUCAGCCAAUGCACUUGCAGUCAAACUUGUUUGUAGUGCCGAAGUUCCAUGUGAAGAUGUAGAAGUAGCUGACAUUGAUCUCACUUACAAUGGAAACGAAGGUCCUAUUUCAUCUCAAUGUAAGAAUGUGAAGCCCAUCAUUUCUGGAAAACAAAACCCUCGUGCUUGUUCUUCCCCUGCUCCACCAGCCUAAGUAAUUGUAGAGAUGAUCAUUUGAUGUAGAAAAUGGUGGAAGAUAAUCUAUCUACACUAAAGCUUUGUAAUUAUAGAACUUUGUAGCACUCAAGUUUUCAUUGGGAAAACUUGUGGUGAAAAAGGGUUUUUCUUCUUCGUAUUUACAAAUAAAGAGACGUAUUAUUUGGCGUAAA